CUCAAAAUUUCCACACUUGCAUUUUUACCUCCCAAUGAAAUUCCUGCAGCUCUUAGUGCAAUAAAAAAUGGUAUGCCAGAUGAAGCAAAUAAUCUUGUAAAUUGGUUUGAAGAAAAUUAUGUACUUGGAAGAGAAAGACAUUCAAGAGGAAGGCCUAUAAUAAGGAAUGGAAUUAUUUUAAGAAAUAAUCUAUUAUUUCCACCUGAACUUUGGUCCAUUACUGACAACAUUGAGCACGCACUCCCACGAACCCAAAAUUCAGUAGAGAGCUGGCAUCGAAGAUGA